CUGACAGCAUUGGUAAUGUUGACAGAGAAGUCAGAGUACAGAGGAGACGACAGCAGAAUCAGGACAGUGCAGGACGCAUUGCACCUCAUCUUCUGGUUUCAAGGCAGACAAUGUUUAUGAUAUGAGACCGUGAAUAAAUCACACAUCAUGUCUAACAUCAUGAAUGGUCACAUGCGUCGCAGGACGUUUUCUGACAGCCUCAUUCUAGACGAGACAGAGAAAGGAGGAGUGGUCAUCUCUGGCAUCAAAGAUGACACCUUUGCUGACCUUGCUGGGCUUAGAAAGGGUGAUGAAAUCGUUGGAGCUACCAUUCGUUUUGACAACCUUAAGAAAGAUGAUGUGGAAAACUUGCUGAAACUCAUAGAGCCUUUUGACACUAAAAUGACAGUUCUGAAGAAGCAGGAUAUGAGGGCCAACCUGAAUCUAAGUUCAGGAAACAGAGCUCCAGAAGAUCUGCUGCAGAAUUCAUACAACAGACUCUUCAAUGGCAAGGUCAGGAAGUUUCUGAAGCAGGAUUCAUCUUCAUCUGUUCGUUCUGGAACACCAGAUGCUGAAGUCAGUGGUAUAAAUGGACCGCUUGCAGACCCAAAUGUCAAACUGGACAUGGAAGGACAAAGCUGGAGCAGUAACGUGUCUGCUCCAAGUCUAAGGGCAAAUCUAUCCAGUUUGAAUCCAGAAAACCAUAAAGGAGAAAUUGAUGUUGGUGUUCAAAAGCCUGAUCUGAAUCUUUCUGCCCCCAAACUUGAGAGAGACAUCAACACUCCAGAUUUGGACAUGAACUUACCCAAAGCCAAAGUGACUGGUCCCGAUCUUGAUAUUGAUGGUCCUUCAGGAAACUUUAAAUCGCCAAACUUCAAGAUGCCCAAAUUUGGGAUUUCAGGACCAAAAGGAAAAAGACCUGAAAUUGAUGCAGAUUUUAAGAAGCCAAAUCUAAAUCUUUCGGCCCCCAGACUUGAGGGAGACAUCAACACUCCAGAUUUGGACAUGAACUUACCCAAAGCCAAAGUGACUGGUCCCGAUCUUGAUAUUGAUGGUCCUUCAGGAAACUUUAAAUCGCCAAACUUCAAGAUGCCCAAAUUUGGGAUUUCAGGACCAAAAGGAAAAAAACCCGAAAUUGAUGCCAGUGUUAAAAAGCCAGAUCUGAAUCUUUCGGCCCCCAAACUUGAGGGGGACAUCAACACUCCAGAUUUGGACAUGAACUUACCCACAGCUAAGCUGACUGGUCCUGAUCUAGAUGUAAAAACUCCAGAUCUUGAUAUUGAUGGUCCUUCAGGAAAGUUUAAAACGCCAACCUUGAACAUGCCCAAAUUUGGGAUUUCAGGACCAAAAGGAAAAAGACCUGAAAUUGAUGCAGAUUUUAAGAAGCCAAAUCUAAAUCUUUCGGCCCCCAGACUUGAGGGAGACAUCAACACUCCAGAUUUGGACAUGAACUUACCCAAAGCCAAACUGACUGGUCCCGAUCUUGAUAUUGAUGGUCCUUCAGGAAAGUUUAAAAAGCCAACCUUCAAGAUGCCCAAAUUUGGGAUUUCAGGACCAAAAGGAAAAAAACCCGAAAUUGAUGCAGAUUUUAAGAAGCCAAAUCUAAAUCUUUCGGCCCCCAAACUUGAGGGAGACAUCAACACUCCAGAUUUGGACAUGAACUUACCCAAGGCUAAGCUGACUGGUCCUGAUCUAGGUGUAAAAACUCCGGAUCUUGAUAUUGAUGGUCCUUCGGGAAAGUUUAAAAAGCCAACCUUCAAGAUGCCCAAAUUUGGGAUUUCAGGACCAAAAGGAAAAAAACCCGAAAUUGAUGCAAAUUUUAAGAAGCCAAAUCUGAAUCUUUCGGCCCCCAGACUUGAGGGAGACAUCAACACUCCAGAUUUGGACAUGAACUUACCCAAGGCUAAGCUGACUGGUCCUGAUCUAGGUGUAAAAACUCCAAAUCUUGAUAUUGAUGGUCCUUCAGGAAAGUUUAAAACGCCAACCUUGAACAUGCCCAAAUUUGGGAUUUCAGGACCAAAAGGAAAAAGACCUGAAAUUGAUGCAGAUUUUAAGAAGCCAAAUCUAAAUCUUUCAGCCCCCAGACUUGAGGGAGACAUCAACACUCCAGAUUUGGACAUGAACUUACCCAAGGCUAAGCUGACUGGUCCUGAUCUAGGUGUAAAAACUCCAAAUCUUGAUAUUGAUGGUCCUUCAGGAAAGUUUAAAACGCCAACCUUCAAGAUGCCCAAAUUUGGGAUUUCAGGACCAAAAGGAAGAAAACCCGAAAUUGAUGCAAAUUUUAAGAAGCCAAAUCUGAAUCUUUCAGCCCCUAAAUUUGAAGGAGACAUCAACACUCCAGAUUUGGAUAUGAACUUACCCACAGCUAAGCUGACUGGUCCUGAUCUAGAUGUAAAUACACCAGAUCUUGAUAUUGAUGGUCCUUCAGGAAAGUUUAAAACGCCAACCUUGAACAUGCCCAAAUUUGGGAUUUCAGGACCAAAAGGAAAAAAACCCGAAAUUGAUGCAGAUUUUAAGAAGCCAAAUCUAAAUCUUUCGGCCCCCAGACUUGAGGGAGACAUCAACACUCCAGAUUUGGACAUGAACUUACCCGAAGCCAAACUGACUGGUCCCGAUCUUGAUAUUGAUGGUCCUUCAGGAAAGUUUAAAACGCCAACCUUGAACAUGCCCAAAUUUGGGAUUUCAGGACCAAAAGGAAAAAAACCCGAAAUUGAUGCAAAUUUUAAGAAGCCAAAUCUGAAUCUUUCAGCCCCUAAAUUUGAAGGAGACAUCAACACUCCAGAUUUGGAUAUGAACUUACCCACAGCUAAGCUGACUGGUCCUGAUCUAGAUGUAAAAACUCCAGAUCUUGAUAUUGAUGGUCCUUCAGGAAAGUUUAAAACGCCAACCUUGAACAUGCCCAAAUUUGGGAUUUCAGGACCAAAAGGAAAAAAACCCGAAAUUGAUGCAGAUUUUAAGAAGCCAAAUCUAAAUCUUUCGGCCCCCAGACUUGAGGGAGACAUCAACACUCCAGAUUUGGACAUGAACUUACCCGAAGCCAAACUGACUGGUCCCGAUCUUGAUAUUGAUGGUCCUUCAGGAAAGUUUAAAACGCCAACCUUGAACAUGCCCAAAUUUGGGAUUUCAGGACCAAAAGGAAAAAGACCUGAAAUUGAUGCAGAUUUUAAGAAGCCAAAUCUGAAUCUUUCAGCCCCCAGACUUGAGGGAGACAUCAACACUCCAGAUUUGGACAUGAAUUUACCCAAGGCUAAGCUGACUGGUCCUGAUCUAGGUGUAAAAACUCCAAAUCUUGAUAUUGAUGGUCCUUCAGGAAAGUUUAAAACGCCAACCUUCAAGAUGCCCAAAUUUGGGAUUUCAGGACCAAAAGGAAAAAAACCCGAAAUUGAUGCAGAUUUUAAGAAGCCAAAUCUGAAUCUUUCAGCCCCCAGACUUGAGGGAGACAUCAACACUCCAGAUUUGGACAUGAACUUACCCAAAGCCAAACUGACUGGUCCUGAUCUAGAUGUAAAUACACCAGAUCUUGAUAUUGAUGGUCCUUCAGGAAAGUUUAAAAAGCCAACCUUCAAGAUGCCCAAAUUUGGGAUUUCAGGACCAAAAGGAAAAAAACCCGAAAUUGAUGCAGAUUUUAAGAAGCCAAAUCUAAAUCUUUCAGCCCCCAGACUUGAGGGAGACAUCAACACUCCAGAUUUGGACAUGAACUUACCCAAAGCUAAGAUGACUGGUCCCGAUCUUGAUAUUGAUGGUCCUUCAGGAAAGUUUAAAACGCCAACCUUGAACAUGCCCAAAUUUGGGAUUUCAGGACCAAAAGGAAAAAAACCCGAAAUUGAUGCAGAUUUUAAGAAGCCAAAUCUAAAUCUUUCAGCCCCCAGACUUGAGGGAGACAUCAACACUCCAGAUUUGGACAUGAACUUACCCAAAGCCAAACUGACUGGUCCCGAUCUUGAUAUUGAUGGUCCUUCAGGAAAGUUUAAAAAGCCAACCUUCAAGAUGCCCAAAUUUGGGAUUUCAGGACCAAAAGGAAAAAAACCUGAAAUUGAUGCAGAUUUUAAGAAGCCAAAUCUGAAUCUUUCAGCCCCCAGACUUGAGGGAGACAUCAACACUCCAGAUUUGGACAUGAACUUACCCAAAGCUAAGAUGACUGGUCCCGAUCUUGAUAUUGAUGGUCCUUCAGGAAAGUUUAAAACGCCAACCUUGAACAUGCCCAAAUUUGGGAUUUCAGGACCAAAAGGAAAAAAACCCGAAAUUGAUGCAGAUUUUAAGAAGCCAAAUCUAAAUCUUUCGGCCCCCAGACUUGAGGGAGACAUCAACACUCCAGAUUUGGACAUGAACUUACCCGAAGCCAAACUGACUGGUCCCGAUCUUGAUAUUGAUGGUCCUUCAGGAAAGUUUAAAACGCCAACCUUGAACAUGCCCAAAUUUGGGAUUUCAGGACCAAAAGGAAAAAAACCCGAAAUUGAUGCAAAUUUUAAGAAGCCAAAUCUGAAUCUUUCAGCCCCUAAAUUUGAAGGAGACAUCAACACUCCAGAUUUGGAUAUGAACUUACCCACAGCUAAGCUGACUGGUCCUGAUCUAGAUGUAAAAACUCCAGAUCUUGAUAUUGAUGGUCCUUCAGGAAAGUUUAAAACGCCAACCUUGAACAUGCCCAAAUUUGGGAUUUCAGGACCAAAAGGAAAAAAACCCGAAAUUGAUGCAGAUUUUAAGAAGCCAAAUCUAAAUCUUUCGGCCCCCAGACUUGAGGGAGACAUCAACACUCCAGAUUUGGACAUGAACUUACCCAAAACCAAACUGACUGGUCCCGAUCUUGAUAUUGAUGGUCCUUCAGGAAAGUUUAAAACGCCAACCUUGAACAUGCCCAAAUUUGGGAUUUCAGGACCAAAAGUGAAAGACCCAGAAUUUGACGUCAGUGUUAAAAAACCAGAUCUGAAUCGUUCUGCCCCCAAACUUGAGGGAGAGGUGAACACUCCUGAUCUUAAUGUCAAUUUACCAAAAGCUAACCUAGCUGGUCCUGACCUAGAACUAGAUACUCCAGGUCUUGAUGCUCCUUCAAGGAAAUUCAAAAUACCCUCUUUGAAGAUGUCUAAUUUGGGAUUUUCUGGGCCAAAAACAAAAGAACGACAUAUUGAUGGAGAUUUUAAGAAACCAACUCUGAACCUCUCUGUCCCCAAAAUCAAGGGUGACAUUAACACUCCAGAUUUGGAUAUGAACUUACCCAAAGCUCAGCUGACAAGUCCUGAUCUACAUGUAAAAUCUUCAGACCUUGAUAUUGAUGGUCCUUCAGGAAACCUCAAAAUGCCAAACUUAAAUUUACCUAACACUAAAGCAUCUGGCUCUGGCCUAGAUGUAGAAGCUCCAGAUUUUGACACUGAUAUUCCUUCAAGUAAAUUAAAAAUGUCAAACUUCAAGAUGCCCAAACUCAGCUUAUCAAGUCCAAAAACAAAAACUCCCCUUGACCUUGAUAUUGACACAGAUCUAAAGACACACAAUUUAGAUAUCCCAAUCCCCAAGACUGAAGCAGGUGUAGAUUCUGAAAUAAAACUACCAAAGCCUGACAUUGAAGGCCCCAAACUUAACAUGAAAUCCCCAACUGGGACAAAAUCAGGAGAGUUAAAAAUGCCUACACUUAGCAUGUCUCCUAUAACAGCAACAGGUCCAAGCUUUAACACAGAUGUUGGUUUAAGGACACCACACGUUACAAACACCAAGAUAAAAGGAGGUCUCAAUACACCACAAAUAGAUGCAAAUUUACCCACAGCUGGAAUUUCAAGCCCAGAACUAGAUCUCCAUGUUCCAGAAAUAGACAUUGAUUCUCCAAAAUUCAAAAACCCUCAUUUUAAGAUGCCCAAGUUUGGUUUGUCUGGGUCAAAUAUAGAAGGACCAGAAUCUGAUCUGAAUGGGAGAUUUGACAUGCCUGACUUAAGUAUCUCUGCCCCUAGAGUUGAAAGCAAAAUACAUACUGCAGACUUGAAUGCGGAUGUACCUAGAUCUGACCUAAAAAGUCAAGAUCUUCAUCUAAAGUCUCCAAAUCUUGACAGUGAUGCUCCAUCUGGUACACUUAAAGUACCAACAUCCAAAUUCAGUUCCUCAGGACCAAAACUGAAAAGAUCAGAUAUAGACAAAAAUGCUGAUAUUACUGUGGAUCAAGGGCUCUCAACUCUCAAGACAAAGGAAAACAACCCAGGGAUACAAUUUAAAAGUGACAGAGUACAGGUCCCAAUACUUGAGACUAAUGUAAGUCCUUCAAAGAGCAAAAUUAAAUGGCCAAAAGAUACUGAGAUAGAUACUGAAAACACAGACAUCAGCCCAGAGCAUAGCAAGAAAAUGCUACCUGAAGCAGUAAUUGAUGAUGAAGUGGAGGUGCCAGUUUUUAAAACUCACAGACUACUUGCUGCUAGUAAACUCCACGGAAAUCCUGAAAGCCUUGACCUCCAAAAAGGCAACACUUAUACUGCUUCUCCAGAUGCAAAGAUUCCUAAAACUAAGCUUCCCAGUGGCACUGUCUCUUUGCCCAAGAUCAAUUCUCUAUCUAGAAGAGGCUAUGAACCUGAUUUCCAACACCUGAAAGGGGGUAAACAGACAUCGUCAUCACCUAUAGAUGUUGCAGAAAGGUUACAAAUGUUUAAAGACUCUCAAUCAGUGAAAUCUUCAUCUCACAAUACUGAUUCAGGUUUAAAGGGAGAAACAACUGUCCCAGGAGUCAGUACUGGCAGUUCCUCUAAAAUCAACAGGGGAACCUUCAAAGUAGUAAAAUCUGAUGAUAGCUAAGGCAAUGGAGGCUACCUGGUACUGAGAGCACAUGGCAAGCACAACAGCAGCAAGAGCUAAGUUAGGCCAUUAUCACCAUGAUAGUUUAUGAACACUACAAACAAUAACAGGAUGGGCAUGUGGAGAGACCUGUUUUCUAAGACUAAUUCACAGAAGUUCAAAAUAGGUACAAGCAAAAACAUAUUAAUAAACCAUCAUGGUACAGUAUGUGGUUUGUAAUCAUGUUAAAAUGGGCAACCAUUAAGGAAAUUGAUUGUUCCAUUGUAAAUAUAGAAUGUAUGUUUACUACUGCAAGUUUUUGGAUGUUAGAAACAAAAUAAUGUCAAAUUUGUGAUUAAGAGGAUUAUAUAGCUAAUUACUAAUCCUAUUUAUGCCAAAUGUACUCCUUUUUUUUUACUUUUUGUUUUCCUAUCCAUAGUCUC